GCGAGAGAAAGAGAGGGAGAGAGAGAGAGAGAGAAAGAAGAAAAGAGAUACAUUCAAAUGUCAUUUAUGCUAAGUGCAACAGACUGAAAAAUUCCAGCACUUUUAGAAGUUCAUAAAUUAUACUGUUAAUACACAAGUUUGAGGUUCAACCAUCCUGUAAUAUAUGUAUAUUUAAAAGUUCGUACACGGCGCGUGUAAUGAUUGCGGUGUACGCAUGCUUAAGUGUAAUUAAUUCAAGUGAAAAAAAGGAAAAAAAGAGAAAAAAUGGAAAAAGAAAGAAGGAAGAACAGAUAAAAGACAAAUAGACUUAAAUAACGAAGACUCACAGCUGCCACAACCGCUCCGCCGCUCAAAAUUCCAUAUCCGGUUAUUCAUUUAUAAAAAUAUUUUCAGCAGUAAUAACGUUUCCAUGGCAAUAAUGUAAACAAUAACGCAUCUGCACUAUAGUUAUAGACAAAAUGUUUAUGUAAUACUGCAACGGAAUUGCAUUUGUACAAUUGAAAGUUCCUAAAGAAGUGUGAGUUUGAAAUUCUGCAACUUGUAUUCCAAAUUUCGAACAUACGAAUACCACUUGUAGAAGCACUCGUUUAUUCAUUAUAUAAAAGUUACUGUUGAUUUAACCACUUAAAUGCCUUAGAGAAAAAAAGAAAAAGAAAAAAGAGCGAACUUCUGUUGUAGUUUUGUGUAAUUAAUGAACAGAUUUAAUACAAAAACAAGUUACCAUGGUAACAAUGUUACUGCGAAAUGUUGACUUUCCGCUACUACCAGAACAGACAUAUUUCGUAUUCAAUGCUCGCGUAUAGUGUGACAUACUGUAUUGCAAUUUAUUUAAAUAUCUAUUUGUUACGUAAAUAUUUAUAUAUUAUCGAAAACUAAUAUAUUGGUUUUGAUGUAUACAUGAUACACUAGUAAAGAUAAAAAGAUAGUGUAAAAAGUAAGUGUUAAAGUGACUUGUUGGCCGCUCACCGAAAAACUUCAAACUACCCAAGUGUUCACAGGCCAUACUAGCUGGCAUUACAAUUUUAUCUAUAUUUACUACAGUGAAUAUACACACAUGGUCGAAAUGUUAGAAAAUUUCUUCUGCGAAUUUGAUAUUACAUUUCAACUAUGCAUACACAGAAACAAACGCAAAUAAUUAUAUAUACGGUAUAUGAUUAUACUAUCCGCAAUUGUAUUGUAUCAUAACGAAGCGUGUACUCGGAGAAAAUAAUUUAUGAACCAUUUUUUCUGUACGUAUCGAAUGAUGAAUUUUCGAUGUUGAAGCGAGAAUCUGUCUACAGAGUUAUUCGAAUGCUGAUCAUCGUAUUUAACGUUUACGGACUUUUCUGUAGUAGAAAAUAUCAAAACGCAAUAUGUAAACAGUGUUGAUGUUAUGUUACAUCAUUCUGUCGAGUUUACAAAGUAAGAAAUUAGCAUUUAAUUCAUAACUGUAAAAAACCACAAUUACGUCGUAGUGACGUCACAGUGUAUUAUCAUAUCUAUAUAAUGUACUAUAAUUUUUUAUGCGUUUUUUGAUAAUGAAGAACAUUAUACAAGAUCGUGAUCGUUUUGGAAUGUAUUAGGAAGUUUACAUAAAAUAAUGUCAAAUUUCAUUGUUUAUAUAAAAUAAGAAACUUUGUAGGUAGAUUCUACAAAAUGUGCUUUGCAACAACCGAUCUUGGUGCUCGAUACUCAUUAAUUUGAUUCGAUUCUAAGCGGCCUGAAUACCAUAAUGAAUUUUUGUACCUUAAAAGGAUAUCGAUUAUCGUAGCACAUAGUGCUCUAUUUAAAUCUUGUACAUUAUGUUCUUUCGUAACUAUUGAAAACGAUUACGAAACGAAUUUAGCAGAAAUUUAAGAUUUAUUUUUCAUAAUAUUAUUUUCAAUGUAAUAAUAAGAAUAAUAACAAAGAAGUGUAUUAUGGUUACCCACGAGGCACAAAAUAUAUAUUAGUUAAGCGCUUAAAAGAAACAAGAAAAGAAGUAACAUCGAAUGAUGUGUAAACGAAAUACUAGCCAUUGGCCGGAUCAAGUGAUAAAUGGUUUAAUGCUUCCAAUUAAAAGAAAUAUAGAUUCUUCAAUUGACUUAUUGCUAUUACAUGGUUUGUAAUCCUUUAAAUCAUAUUUACGAAUAAAUAUAAUGAUUUGUGACACUUCUGUCAUGUGUUACGAACUUACUCCUUGCAAAAAGGGGAUAAGAAAUUUUGGCAAUUUGAAUUUGGCGCCAUUUGAAUACUUCAUGAGUAACAGUUAUAGCAUUAAUUUAGCUACUAUUUUAUCGUAAUACUAUUGCAACUAUUAACAUUUAGAUGAAGUGCAGUUAUAGCAGUACCCACUGAUAAGUUGAAAGUGAUAAUAGCUAGAUGCAAACAACUAAUUGCGUUCAAGGGAAAUUUGACUACAUACGACGCGUAUCAUACUAAUGUUCGAUUGCAUGUACAUACGUGUAUGCAACAAGAAUGGAGAACUAGCGUCAUUCGCGUGGGUGCGACCGUGCGUGAUCGAGGAUUCACGGACGACCAAACGAAUCGCAGAUGAUCCAGCUCAAUCGUUGCAACAUGUGAAUGCGUAUAUGGCAUUGCCUUGAAACGCGCAUCCUUCCGUUCCCGGCGAACCAUGACGGUCCGAAGACGUGAACAUGCGACAUACAAACGCGCGCUCGAGAUCGAUGGUGUACAUACGUUGCAAUUCUAGGCGUUGAGCAUUCGCAUCGAUGUUGGUCUCGAGAAUCGAUCGUUACGAAAAAGUUGUGUUUGUGAUCUUGGCGAAAUGUUCGAAGUGCCGUUAAACGUAACAGUUGAUAACGAAAAUUUACUACGAUCUUAUUCGAGUGUGGAUCUUGUUUAAAUUUAGAAAUAAAAUUUGAAUUUAAAUUUUUUAAAGCAAAGUUGGGCUAUAGAAGGUGGAGUAUAUAUAUAUGAAUUGAAUUUAGUGUAUAAAGUGUGAAAUAAAAGUUUUGAUUUGGUGUAAGAAGGUGUCUAUUACCGCUCGAGUCAGCAUGCAUUAUCCGAAUUAAAGGUUCGCGGUCAUCUCGAAUCGGUUGAUCGAGUGCCAGCAUCGAGAACAACGUCAGUGCCGCGGCUCACUUCCGGUCUUCUACGCCGGUAAAACGAAAUUCUAACCGAACGAACGACUAUCUCGAAACUUUUCAACGAGUCUUCCAAUAAUUCAAAGGGGUUAUUCAAAUUCGAAGUAAUUUGUUUUCGUCUUACUUUGUGAUGUAUUAUAAUACAGAAGCUCGUUGAUUUCUUCAGCCGUUGUAAUCGAAUAAUUGCCCUCCAAGAUGGUACGUGUUGCACGCUUGUCCCACACGAAGGAAGAUACGAUAAAGAUGAAGGAUGCGGUUCCACAGAAAGGAAAUAAUAAUAAUAAUAGUACCAAUAACAAUAAUAAUAAUAACAACAAUAAUAACGUAACUACAUUAAAAAGCAAGCCCUCCUUGGAAAUAUAUCGACCACCAGGAGGAAGAACGGAAGGAACCACGGCGAGUACUACUAAUCCGCGAUUAAACGUACAUGCCAAGGAGUUCACUAUGAAGCAGAACGAUUCGCAUCCUUCUAAAUCUCGGACGAAUGCUUCAGAGCGAUCUCCGUAUUAUUUGCAACAUAGCAAGUCAAGUGGCAACGUGUAUCGGUAUCUUUAUGCCCAGCAGCAACAACAGAUACAACAUACCCUUCAACAGCAACAUCAUCAAACAUCUCGUCACUCUCAGAGUGGUCAUCAUUCGACAGGCUCUGCAUUGCGACAGUCACACCCACUUGAUACCUCGGCAUCAAGCGGAAAUAUAUUACAUGGUUCGGGUAGGGUCCAUUUCAACGUGGAUCAAAACGAUGUCAAAGUAAAUGCAGCUAAACCUGGCAGGCUCACAAAAUCGUUAUCCUUUGUCUCCACUUAUGGGCUAAAACGAUCGAAAAGCUUAAAUGCUGCCGAUGUAUUGACUCCGAAGACGAUAAAUAUUUCAGACGCGUCAGAAUUAGGAAAAUUUCCACCAAUAAUUCAGGAUACGCUUCUUAGAGCUAUUGAAGAUCCAAAUCUAUUGAAUGCUCGAACUUUAAUGCAGCUCGUGCGGCAUAUAUUGGAAAGGGUCGUUGAGAAUCGAAAGCAUGCNNNNCCGGCAGCGAAAAUAUGUAUUACUAUUAUAGAGAAAGAGACAAAGGAAACUUUCUUAGAAUCAUUGUUAAACACGUGCCAACAAUGGUAUCAAGAUCGAAUAAAAAUUCUCUACGAUGGAUCCAGUUACCAUCGUUACUCCGCCUUCAUGACAUUUUUGAACGAGAUGUAUUGUCAGUUAAAGCGGAGGCAGCUUCAGUUAAAGACACAACAGGAGGGCGUUCCUCCCGGACGUGUCCUUCUCACGUUGCUUUGGAAGUGUUGCCAAGACUGCUUACAACCUCCGGUUGUAAAUUCUUUGGCUGAGACUGACUGCCUAUUCUUCAUUUUAACAUGUAUCGGCAAAGACUUGGACGCUGAAUUACCAGCCCAAUUGCAGCAAUUACUUGGAAGCCUACGAGAUGCUUUUCUCGCAGAAGACACAAUAUUACCGUCAGUUCGGAAGACUCUGUUGCAAUUGAUUGAACUUCAUGCUGCGCAUUGGCAGCUCCCAGCACCAGCAGUCGUUUAUUAUUAUCCUGGUUCGACCUCGAAAUGAUAUUACCAUCCUCUUGAUUCCUUCGUCCGUUCGUCGAUUUUCUGUGCGAAUACGAACAAUAUGGAUUUGUAAUCAGUGUGAGCCCGUUAACAGAAUCACUUGUAUUUGAACAGACACAAACAGCGUGCAUCAUGCAAAUAAAAAUGAAAUAUAUGCUGUUAACAUAGGCCGUGGGAGAUAAAAAAUUUGUUGGAGGUAAUAUUGUUAAUUUUACACGUCAAAUUAUUGUGAAAAUCUUAAUUUAUAUUAUGAAUGAUGGUAUUUUCUACAUGAACUGUAGUUUUUGAUUGUUUUUUAUUCACAGCGCUAUAUCGCCUAAACUAAUUAGGGGAUUUCGUAAUUGAAAAAUCGAAAGAUAUGUUGAAACAUGGAACACUAUAAUAUCUAAUAUUAUAGAAUUCUUUUUGAAUACUUAAUUUGUAUAGUAAUAAUGCAACGUUGACAAUCCUCAAAUUAAGAACAUGUACUUUACUUUAUUUACAUAAUUAUACAUAGCGUCUUGAACGUGUGAUAUAUGCCUCGAAAUCGCAAAAGAGAAAUAUUUUGCGACGCGUUCUUGUGAAAUCUUUUUUCGAUUAAUGUUCAAGCGAUUAUGGAUGACCGAUGCGUCAGUUAGUGAAACACGAACAACCGUGAUCCCGUUACCACAAAGAAUGAUUGUGUCUUGUGCAAAAAAUGAUUUGCAACGAUUGUUAUUGCGCAUCUUUAUUAGAAAUGUCGCAAGAGUCUAUGUUCAAUUUUAUAUACGAUUAGUUUAUUCGAGUGAAUUCUUGAGUAUCUAUAAUUCAUUAAUGACAGAAUUCAGUAGAUUUCUAUGGUUUCGGUAAUAUUUUUCUUAUGGUUUACGGCUUAGAAAUUAUUCCGUUAGUAAGUCAAUAGGUCAGUAAAACGAGGCCAGUUGAAAACGGUACAUUAUUUGUCCAAAAUCGCGCGAGCAUUACGAGUCUAAGAGUUUUAAAGGAUAGGUUGUAGACUCAUAAUUGUACAAGGAUAUAAAAAAUUAGACAUGUAUAUACGUAACGAAGUAACGAAUGAUUCAACGAACUAGAUGUUUGCAAGGAGUAUGUCAUCAUUGGAGGAUCAAAGAACGCGGAUAAUCACGAACUUCGAUAAAGAUAUUCCGAAUUUUUCUCCGCUUUUUCCGUAAAUACAAUGCUAUAUACGAAGUAUCUUAAAAAAGAUAAAAAAUAUUAAAGAAAAAAAAAAAGAAGAAACGAAUCGAAUGAAAGAAUGAGUGAUAAAAUUACCAUCGAACUUAUCGAACGAUACAUUAUAAAAAACGACCCUUAUGUGGAACGACCUCAAUGUUUGCGAUGAUUUAUAUAGGUUUUCCUCUUAAAUGUAUGGAGUAAAUGGUGGAUAGAAAACUGAUGUUAAUGUUGUUGUACCUUCUAAUGUGUCAUGCAUUAAGAUCCGAACUCGAACAGUUUUUUCUGUACACACAUACAGAUUACAAUACUCGUUCUAAUUAGUACAUGUGAAUGACUUAAAUUAAAAUACAGGUAUCGUUUCAUAGACAAAAAGACUAUUGGAUACACGAAGACUAGUAUUCCUCUGUGAUUAUGUACAAUUCAAAGACUCUUGGCAAAUGGCGUGUGAUUCAUCAUAGAAAAGAUGAAGAGCUUUCUGGAAGGGAGCGGCCAAGCAGAGAA